AUGUCACCUGAAGAUACUUCAGGAAAGUCUAGCGACACCAAGGGCGCCAUAAUCUAUGAAACAAAGGACGUCAAUUCUGUACAGCAUGAAGGCAUGAGCAUUUACAGCUCAGACCCAAAAAAGUCAUGGUUUCAAAACCUUGUCGACGGAUUUCGCGAAUAUGAGCUUGAAGAGCUAGAUCCAAGCUUAACCCCUGCCGAAAGAGCGGCCAUCGCAACCGCCAGAUCCCCUUUGAAGCGCCAUUUGAAGAACAGGCACUUGCAAAUGAUCGCAAUUGGAGGAUCUAUUGGUACCGGUUUAUUUGUGGGUUCUGGUAAAGCUUUAAGAGUCGGUGGUCCCGCUGGUGUUAUUAUUGCGUGGAUUUUGACAGGUUCUAUGGUGUACUCAGUGGUGCAAGCCCUAGGUGAGCUUGCAGUGACUCUUCCUGUUUCGGGUUCUUAUAUGUCUUACGUCUCGCGGUUUAUCGAGCCAUCCUUCGGUUUUGCCAUUGCAUAUAACUACUUGCUAUCGUGCCUGAUCACGAUGCCGCUUGAAAUUGUCGCGGCGUCUCUGACCGUGAGUUACUGGAACGUGCCGAAGAAGUACGCAGACGGAUUUGUUGCUUUGUUCUAUGUCGUCAUAGUGUCAAUCAAUCUGUUCGGUGUCAAAGGUUACGGUGAAGCGGAGUUUUUGUUUUCUAUUAUCAAGGUACUAUGCAUUAUUGGCUUCAUUAUUCUGGGUAUUGUUCUUGUCUGCGGGGGUGGUCCUAACAACGAGGGAUAUAUUGGCGGAAGGUACUGGCACAAUCCGGGCGGAUUCGCGCAUGGAUUCAAAGGUUUCGCCGCUAUUUUCGUGACAUCUGCGUUCUCGUUUGCUGGAACUGAAAUGUUUGCGCUCGCUGCUGCCGAGACUGAAAACCCACGGAGGGAUCUGCCACGUGCCGCCAAACAAGUGUUUUGGAGGAUUACGUUGUUCUACAUCAUCUCGUUGACGUUAAUCGGCUGUCUGGUGCCAUACACCAACAAGCAUUUGUUCGCCGCGACGAGCGUAGAUGCAACUGCGUCGCCUUUCGUCAUUGCCAUCAAAGACGCCGGGAUCAAAGGACUCCCAAGUGUAGUGAAUGUCGUCAUCCUGAUAGCCGUGCUGUCCGUGGGUAACUCAUGCAUUUUUGCUGGUUCACGUACGGUUCUUUCGCUCUCACAAUACGGUUACCUGCCCAAAAUAUUUGCAUACGUUGACCGCAAGGGUAGACCGCUAGUAGGGCUGCUUCUGUGCAUGAUUUUCGGACUCUUGAGCUUCUUGUCGGCUUCCCCCAAAAGACCCGUAGUGUUCGAGUGGAUGAUGGCUAUCUCCGGGCUUUCCUCCUUCUUCACUUGGGGUAGCGUGUGCAUUUGCCAUAUUAGAUUCCGCAGAGCGCUCGCUGCGCAGGGCAGAUCAACGGACGAGCUCGCGUUCAAAGCGCAAACUGGCGUUUGGGGGUCAAUUUAUGGCAUCAUUUUGAUCCUAAUCGCACUGGUGUUCCAGUUCUGGGUCGCAUUAUUCCCCAUCGGAGGGAGGCCCAGCGCCGAGACUUUUUUCUCGGCCUAUUUGUCGCUGGUCGUGGUGCUGUUCUUCUACAUGUGCCACAAGCUCUACACCAGAAACUGGACCCUUUUCAUCAGAGCCAAGGACCUCGACAUCGACACCGGUCGCAGGGAAGUCGAUCUGGACCUGCUCAAGCAAGAAAUCCGCGAAGAAAAGGAAUACAUAGCCUCAAGACCCAUCUGGUAUAGGAUAUAUCGCUUUUGGUGCUAA